ACGAAAGACAGAUCGGUGGCUGGGGGAGUGGUGGUACAUAUAUAGGUGUGUUGAGCGAACUAACUGCUCAGAGGAGUUGCCUAAAGAUUUUUAGUAAUUGUAUUGAAAGUAAAUUCCUAUUUUGAAUGCGAGCGAUUUGAGGUCUGUACCACACGCUGUGAAAGAGAAUCUGAAGGACGAUGGGACACUGCAGGGUCUUGGCGCUGUUGCCGCUCCUGGUUUCCAUCUCCAGCUGCUUUGCAAAGUCCGACUGCGUGGUGAGCAACUUCCAUGUGAAAGAAGACUUCAACAAGACGCGGUAUGUGGGCAAAUGGCACGCUUUCGCAAAGAAGGACCCCGUGGGCAUUUUCCUAGAGAGUAACAUUCAUGCUGAGUUCAAGAUUGAAAACGAUACGAUGACAGCCAAAGCGACUGGCCUGGUCACUUUACUACCGGAAUGGAUCGUGUGCGCUGAAAUGAUGGGAACUUUCAACAAUACCGAGAACCCCGCCAAGUUCAAGCUGAAAUACUGGGGGGCAGCCGAGCAUCUGCAGAAAGGCAAUGAUGAUCACUGGAUUAUUGACACGGAUUACGAUAACUAUGCCAUCACAUAUACAUGUCGAAAACUGAAUGAUAAUGGAACUUGCGCAGACAGUUACUCAUUUGUUUUCUCACGGGAUCCUAAAGGACUAACCGCUGAAUCACAGCGAAUCGUCCGAAAGUGGCAGGAUCAUCUCUGCCUGGCAUACACAUACAAGCGAGUUGCUCAAACAGGGCAAUGUCCUUAGAAUCACUGGAUUAUUGCCACUUUGGCCAAAGGUUGUGGAUGUAAACAUCUGUCUGCAGUACCCUACGAGGACCAGCUUCCAUUGCCUUGUGAAUAUAUUUUUCCAAAACUCUCAUUUUAAGUACAAAUGGAUUCCCAGUCAUGUAUUGCUCUUCCAAUAAAGUUAUGACAAACAUUUGUGUAUAAAUGUUCCAACA